GCUCCUGUUCUGACGGCUCACCCCGUCCACCCCGGAGCCCCCCCCAUGCACCCUCUCUAUCAGCAGCAGAUGCAUCCGAUGUUUGCUCAAUACCAGCCGUACCUGCAACCCCCCAUGCAGCCUCCCCCAGAGCAACCAGUGCCACCAGUACAACCGGAACCGGAGCAGGCGGGCCCAGCAGCUGCAGCUCAGCCGGAGACCCAGACUCCAGCUGCUGGAGCUCCGCUGGCUCCAGUACAAGAACCAGAGGCUGUUGAGGAGGAAGUGAAGGCCGCUUCCACCAAGAAAGCUGCACCGAAGAAAACAAAGGCUGCAGAUUCAGAGAAAGAGGCAGCAGCCGCCGCGGAGACAACAAAGAAAGUCCCGGCUGCUUCCAAAGAGAAAACCAAAGCUGCUGCAAAGAAAGAGACACUAGCAACAAAGGAGAAGACAAAAAGCCCUGCAGCGGCCAAGAAAGAGCCAGCUGCAGAGAAAAGCAAGACUGCUGCAGCUGCAAAGAAAGAGCCAGCUGUGAAAGAGAAAACUAAAAGUCCUGCAGCGGAGCCAGCUGUAAAAGAGAAAGCCAAACCAGCGGCUAAGAAAGAGCCUGCAGCUGCAAGGCAGAAGAGGAAAGCAGCCUCUGAGAAGACAGAAACGUCGCCUGUCAGGAGCAAAGACAAGACUUCGACAGCAAAGAAAGAUCCAGAGCCGAUCAGCCGACUGAGAGCGAGACUAGAAGAAGUGAGGAAGUCAAACGUCACGUCUCCGGCGAAGACUGCCAGAUCUCCUGAGACAGCCAAGACGAGGUCAAAAUCAUCAGCAGACUCAAAAAGCAAAUCUGAGAAGGCUGAAAAGAAAUCUGUGAAAGAGUCUGAAGAUAAAGAGAACAAACCAGCAAAAACCAAGGAGACCCCGACUGAUGAGAGUAGCACAGAAAAGAAGAAGCCAAGUCAGAGAUUCUUCCAGUGCGUUUAUGUCCCUGGUAGAAACGCUCAGUACCCGUUACGACCCUUGACCCCGGCCAUGUCCCCCGCCAUGAUGUCCCCCUCCAUGAUGUCCCCCGCCAUCAGGUCCAUGUUGGAGCAGCAGCAGAGGGCGGCUCGAGCGUCGGGACAAUAAGAGAAAGUCUCUCGUCACGUCCAAAAACUCUGCAGCUCUGCACCUCCCCGUCCAGCAGGGGGAGAUCUUUUUUUAAUCUGUGGAUCCUCAAACUCUGAGGAGAACCACAGACAGAUGAGAGAGGACAGAAAUAUUUUGUCUUUAAUUUAUUUAUGUGUUUUUCUCUCCAUGUGGUCGAGCUCCUGGGGUUCCUGUUGAUGUUUCCCAUCACUGCCAUGCCUUAGAUUUGAUGUAUUUUACUUGUAUUUAUUUACUUGGUUGGCCCAUACAUGAACUUUGCUCAUUUCUUUGCAUGCAGCAAAUUAAAUUAAACAAAACUAACUUUGUAUUUUUACAAAAAAUCUAAACAAGGAAGAAAUGAUGUCAAUUAGAAUAAAUGUAAAAAGUUCCCUAAUAUUUGUAAUUUAGGAUAAAACAAAUGAACACAUCCUGACAUAAUGUUGUUUUCUGUUUACUUUUGUAGUCAAGUUUAAUAUUUAAUGUACAUGUUUGAUUUAAUUUAAUAUACAUUAAGUCAUUUGCACUGACAUUUGUUGCAUAAGAAAUUAAAAAACAUAACACAAAAUUAAUUCAUUUAGUCAUAACAAUUAAAAAUGUGGAUAUUAUUUUGCAAAAACAAUAGAAACAAAUAUGAAGAAAUUAGAAACAAAUCACAAGUCAAGGACAUGAAUGGGGUCACCUAUUAACUGAAUGGACAUGUCACAUUUUUUAUUUUACUAAAAGAGCUUUUAUCUUUAGCUAGUCUUUCUAAUCAUAGAUUCUAAUUACCCUCACCCUGCAUACCACGAGAGCAUGUUGUGCUUCAAAUGCAACAGAUUAGCAUGUAAAUGUUCAGAGGGUCAAAUCCCAGGAGCUCCCACACCUGAUCCCAGCAACCUCCCUGUCUCUGAUCCCGAGUCUCAUCAACAUGAUCGUUAAAUGAAUAAUGAUGAUGCAUUUCCUUCUUAAAUGACCUAAUUAUAUGCAGGAGUAAAGAGCCAGUGUAUAAACCUGCAGGACAUGCAACCAUAACACUCUUUAUUUAAAUUAAAUUAGUUCAAAAAGAUAUUUUGACGAGUGCAAUGCAUUUAUGUCUGUUCAAAGAAAAAGUUGCUGAUUUAACUUCAAAUAAGUUCAAAUAAGGGCUUGAAGUGAAGGUAUACAGCAUAAGGUACCCUCAUCUAAUACUACUUAUAAUGUUAACUUGAAUAAUGUCCCUUUAUUAUAUAUAAUUGGCCUUCUUCUCAUUCAUUAAACUUAAGAAACAUGCUGUUUUCCUAAAAAUGAGUGCAGUUUUGGGUAUGGGUUUCUCAUAUUGCUGCAUAUUUUAUCACCUAGGAUAUCAAACAGACAUAAAUAACAUAUUCAGAGACAGGGAGUCUGCACAGGACGACUUUGAUGACCAACUAAUGAGACGCUGUGAUGUCUACAGUGGAUAAAUGUCAUGUUACUAAUCAGCUUAUUUACAAAGCUUGAUACAUGUUUUCAUAUUUCCUGUUACCUCACUCGCUCUGGUUUUGUACCUUCAACCACAAGGCUGCAAAACUGUAGCUGAGCUUUUACCGACAAUUUGCUGUUGUCUUACUGAGAAAACCAGAGAACCAAAAGGGUGUUUUCACACUGCUGAUCCCGGGAUAACACACACACGUUAGUCUAGGUUUUUUUUAAGAGUUCAAGCUAACACGUUUGUCACACUCACAGACUGAAGGUGUAACAUUAUUUCCUCCAUGUUUUGCAGUGUAAGGCACUGUAGUUUAACCCACAGUUUACUCAUGCUUGUAUUGCAGGACUAUCCUUAACCUGUUCAAGGUUAUUUCUCAAAAAGUCUUAAGGUGUGUUCAGACUGAACCCAAAAUUAAGAGGCGAUGCAAAUCCGCAGAGUCAAACCAAAUAUGAGUGCAUAGGAGCAUGCAGAUUCAAUGAGUAGUGCAAACAUCCAAAACACUUACAUUCAAGCUAAAUAAAUACACUAAUCCUGCAGCAAUUAUUUGAGUUAUUGCUACAGUUACAAUACCUAUUAUGGUACUACUAUGGGUGUCAAGAUAUACCUGUGAGAAUUAAAAAGAUUGUGUAGUGAAAAACGUAUUUAUAGAUAGCUUUAGUGCUACCAAGCUAACAGCUAUAUUUGUACCCUGUUAAGUUUGUGAUUUGCUAUUUGAGGCUCCUCUUAUAGCACAAAAAGUGAUACAAAUACUUUGUGUUCACUCAGAAUGCAUCUUUAAGAUCUGUGGUGGGAAUGUGGGUUAGAACCAAAGCCUAACAGCGGUUAGCAGUUAGCGGUUAGCUGUUAGCGGUUAGCAGUUAGCUGUUAGCGGUUAGCAUAAGUGUGAAUGCUGGACGUGAGGCUCUAAGUAAACUCUGGGUUAAUGACUGUGUGAAAUGAGGUCAAAGCUCUCAGCACAUCCUGUCACCAGGCCUGAGAAAUGUUACAGGGAGGGUGCUCAUGGACAAAUAACAUCUGACAUCCGGUAACAUUAGCAGCCUACUGAGUGUGUGUUUUUGGAGAGGCAUUUAGAAGACACCUGGAGAUUGUGUGUACUUCAGGUGCGUUUGUUUAUAGAGGAAUUAUUCCAGGAGGAGACGCAGCGGGAGGUGGCUGCCCCAGAGACAUCAUAAUUGACAGCGAACAGAUGCAGCUGUUUUAAAUCUAAUCUGAUCUCACAAGACUGUAUGUGGUUAAGUGAGUAUUUUCUUUCACUGUCUGCUGUCAAUGCACUUGGCAGUUUGAAAAAGUACUGUAUGUGCACUUGAAGCAAAAAACAAACAACUUUAACUUCAGUUUUUAGUUGUUAAAGUUUGGCUGACCAGUUUCACAGAGAUCACGUUAUAUUUCUCGGUCAGUAAAAGACAUCUGGAGCAAGUACUCCUGAAGACAAGUGAUGUAGUAUUACAGGCGAAACCCUCACAGAGAGGAUGUUUGAGGGGUAAAAAACACUUGAAAGAGAGGUCAUUGUGGAGCUAUUAAGUGAAGAAAAACACGAUGUUGUACGUAUUGCGAUUAACAAUCGUUUACUAGACUUAACUAAGUGUUUUUCUUUGCCUUAACCAUGUUUCAGUGAGAAUUGUUUAACUAUGAAUGUAUUUAACAUUCAUAUUCUAUAUUAAAACUACAUUAAGUGCCUUAAACAUACAACUAAAAACCAAUGUUUAAUCUACUGAAACAACAGGUACACAGUAUUUGUUAUUGCUCUUUGGAACAUGAGGGUCAAUUUACUUAGUGUUAUACAGAAGGUAACAAUGAAAAAGUGCCUAAUAAAUAAAGUGCUUGCAGGAGAACACGUGCAGUUCAGUUAAUGUAAUGUUUUCAACUCCCUGUGUUCCUUCAUUAAGUGCCUUUGUACAGUAGAAAGCAGAGUCACAGACAGAAGCCAGCUCCAUGUGGCUGUAGUAUAUUAUGGCAGUGAUUUGCUGUUUUAAACCAGGUUUCUGCAAAGUGUAAAGCCUGGAGGAAAAGAGGAGCGUGCCGCAGUAGCUGCAGUUCCAGAGUAAAUGUUUUAAACUACUUCUAAAAAGACUUUGUAAAGAUUUCAGAAGACUUGAAUGUGAUGGGGUUGUUUUGUGAAUGAAAUCUACAGUGUUCAUUUCAAGAGUUGAAGUCAAUGGGAAACGUGAUGAUUUCUUUUUGGCAGGAAUUGAGAUUUUUUUUUUUUGGGGGGGGGGGGGGGAGAAAUGACCUCCACUUGCAAUCAUAACUUGAGGUUGUUUAGAAGGAUCACUUAUUGUCAAUUUUUCUUAUUUAUUUUUGCAUGAUGGUGUAAUUCAAAGGAAGUACAGCAACACAUUGUCCAGUGUAAAAUACCCAACAGUCAGUCAGGAGCUGUAUAAAGACUGUAGAUAAAAGGGAUCUUAUUUAUUGUUCUCACCUCAUUAACUCUAAGAUAUACAAAUCAUUUCCUUCACUGGUUUUAUUUUGAAAAUAUGUGAUUUGUCUCCAGUGUUUUGACUGUGAUGUUGGCAAUAACUUUAUCUAGUAUCCUAACCAGACGACAUAAACUACCUGUUGCAUGUAUGAUAAAGCAGAUGUGUAUGAUGGGAUGCCUAUAUCACUGUUUUAAAACAUUUUAGGAGCCAAAUAAAUGUCAUAAAUCACAUUUCAGGCACUUAAGAGACUGAGGCUGUCUGCUGUGAUGUAGAAUAUAAUCGCAAAAGUGCAUUUUGUGAGUCAGAAUUUCAAUAAAUCUUUGCAGAAA